AUUGAUGGUUCAGUAGGCAGAGAAAGAAGUGAAUUGGUUACAUCGCACAGAAGAAGAGGUUUGCUUCCUUCUCGGAAAAGUGGCUAUAUUGGUGGAGGUUGGCAACUAGCAUGGAAAUCUUCUGAUGUGUUUUCAAAUGGACAAGUACAAGAUUGUAUGGACCGAGUAUACUUGCAUGAAGGUGUGCCAAAACCAGAAAAGAAAUCCAGUUUGGAUAAUUCAACAGAUUGCAAAUUCACACAAGCUACUGCUUUGGUUAAUAAGUCCGUUUUUCACAAAGAUCAGUUUGGAAGUCAGAACAUUGAUCUUCACUCGUCGGAGAAAAACUUGAAAGGCACAAAAUGGGGUAAUCUAUUAGAACCUGGAGUAAAGCGUGCAUUGAUAGCGGGUGUUGGAAUACAGUUACUUCAGCAGUUUGCUGGAAUCAACGGCAUUCUCUAUUAUACUCCACAGAUACUUGACCAAGCUGGUGUUGGGGUUCUUAUUUCCAGUAUUGGUCUCAGUUCAACUUCUGCGUCUAUUCUUAUGAGUGCCCUUACGACAUUAUUGAUGCUUCCCUUUAUUGGUAUUGCAAUGUGGCUCAUUGAUCGAGCGGGAAGAAGGAAGCUGCUUCUUGUCACCAUACCGAUCUUGGUACUAGCGCUACUUGUUUUGAUUGUCGUCAACAUUGUGGACUUGAGUGUUGGAUUACAUGCUGCCCUUUCAACAACAAGUGUCAUCGUAUACUUCUGCAUAUUUGUGAUGGGAUUUGGUCCAAUACCAAACAUUUUUUGUUCGGAAAUCUUCCCCGCCAGAGUCCGAGCCAUUUGCUCUGCUAUAUGCAGCCUCACAUUUUGGAUAAGUGAUAUCAUUGUUACAUACACCCUUCCUCUAAUGAUGAGCUCUCUCGGCUUUACUGGUGUCUUCGGGUUAUAUGCGAUCGUUUGCAUUUUGGCCAUGUUAUUUGUGUAUAUGAGAGUGCCAGAAACAAGAGGCAUGCCGCUUGAAGUCAUUGCAGAGUUCUACGCGCUUGGGCCAUACUGGCACGCGGACCAAAAACAGAAGGGGGAUACGAAGGACAAGGAAUCUGAAGAAACAUUUGAAGCACUAUGAUAGAUUCAUGACUAGACAUACCCACUCAUUUACUAAAGACAUGUGCACACUGUUAUUUUUUUGUUGUCAUAGCUUGAU